AUGGAGACUGGAGAGGAGGUACCACUAGAGUCUUUGCCAACAGACUCGUCAAACACCGUCGUUCAACGAGACAGCCUGCUGAAUUCACCGACUGCGAAAUCCAAAUCUUUCCGCGGUUCACAGACCAAUAAAAAUCUCACUAUUUCUCUACCUCAGGCUAUAUCUUCGCAAGGGGAAUUAAAUGUGGUCCAAAAUCUCAUAAUAGAACAAGAUUCAAAGCAGGCACGUCGGUUCACAUGGACGUCUGCGUUGAGGAUCACGAUGUAUAUAUCUGCGUGGUACUUUUUCUCUACGGCUUUAUCAUUUUACAAUAAAUAUUUGAUGGGUAAAGAUGGAUUUAAUCUGAAUCUUCCAUCAUUGGUGAGCGCUAUGCAUACUGGUAUGCAUUUCAUAAUUACGAGUUUCUUAAUGAGAGGAAACUGCUCAAUGCUUUACGUGAGUCCUGAGGCAAAGAGUGUGAAGUCGAAGAGUUAUUGGUCCAGAGUGGUGCCGGCAGCUAUUACAGCUGCAUUAGAAAUCUGUAUGUCAAACGGGGCGCUUGUAUACAUAACACUAAGUUUUUAUACGAUGGUGAAAUCAUCCACUCCAAUAUGGGUUUUGCUGUUUGCAUUUGUAUUUGGAUUAGAGCAGCCGAGACUCUCACUUAUCAUGAUUAUAUCAGUAAUAAGCUUUGGUGUUGGAUUGACGGUUGCAGGAGAAGCUAAAUUCGACCUCAUUGGGUUUUUUUUAAUAUUGGGAGCGGCAAUUUUCAGUGGGUUGCGAUGGUCACUGAUGCAGAUGCUUCUUCAGAAAGAAGCAGGGAUGAAUGAUCCAAUCGCAACACUUUAUUAUGUAUCCCCGGUGAUGUUUAUUUUAAUGAUUACGCUCUCUUUAUUCUUCGAAAAUCCGAUCAACAAAUUUGCUACUUCUGAACACUUUCAAAAUUUCUCUUCUGCAAUGUCGACAUUUGGGCUGAUGCUAGCUGGAGGACUUUUAGCAUUUUUUAUGACUGUGGCCGAGUUUGCACUGAUUAAGAACACGAGCACGGUGACAUUAUCUGUUGCUGGAAUAAGCAAAGAAGUGUUUAUCAUUACGUUAUCGGUACUCAUCAACCACGACAUUCUUACACCAAUUAACGUAAUCGG